AUGGAGAGGAUCUUCAAGUACGCCAAUUGCAGCCCUGCAUGCUUCGUGCUGGCGUAUAUCUAUGUGGAGAAGAUGGUGGAGCGGCAUGAUGACAUGGUGGUGACGUCACUCAAUGUGCAUCGCCUGCUCAUCACAUCCGUCAUGGUCGCCGCGAAGUUUCUCGAUGACUCGUACUUCAACAAUGCGUACUACGCCAAAGUCGGCGGAGUCACAACUGCCGAGAUGAACCGUCUGGAGAUGCAGCUACUCUUCCGCCUGGACUUCCGCAUGAACGUUACAACGGAAGCCUUCUACGCGUACUGCAAGAAGCUUGAAGCGGAGCUGUGGCAGUCAGAGGUCGCCUUCGAUGCAGCUUCCCUCAUUGACAUGUCAGCACUCACAAUGUUGAAGAGUGCGCAUGGCAAUGUGGCUCGUACGCAUCCGUACGAGUGUCAAGCAGCGUACGAGAAGGGCGUACGGACACCGCCGCGAGAGGUCGAAUCAUACCGAUGCCCAGCUGUAACGGCUAGGGUGUUGCCUGAGUCGCCUUGA